ACUUUGCUCUCUCUAUUAGCGAAAAGUAAGAGAAACGUUGAAAUAGUAUUGGAUCCUUAAUAUUCCACAGAGCAAAGUUGAAGAAGUACUGGACUUAAUACUUGCUGGCACUCCAAAGCUUUCCAAGGGUCACUAGUCAAUGGGAGAUAACGUAUUUGGCAUGAAGUCUCUGAUAAUUUGCAGUCUCUUUACUCUUCAAAUCUGCCUAUCCAAUGGUUUCUACAUUCCUGGAGUGGCCCCUGCUGAGUUCCAUGGGGGAGAAGAGCUAAUAGUCAAAGCUGUGAAGAUGACCAGCGUGAAGACACAGCUGCCCUAUGAGUACUACUCUCUCCCAUUCUGUCGACCCGCUGACGAAAAGAUGCACUACAAAAAGCUCAAUCUCGGUGAGGUUCUAAGAGGGGACAGGAUUGUGAACACUCCAUAUAUGCUGCGUAUCCGUGAAUCAGUGGACUGCAAAGUAUUGUGUACUGUCGAUCUCACUUCAGAGCAGACGGAUAUGUUUAUUGAGAAAAUUGACGAGGACUACACUGUACAUAUGAUAGCAGACAAUCUUCCAGCUGCCUCAGUGUUUAAGAACCUCAAGACAAACGAGUUACAAUAUGAAGAUGGCUACAAGCUUGGCUUUAUUAGUAACGACAAGUACAUUCUCAACAACCACCUCACGAUUGUCAUCAAGUACCACGAUCUCAAGGGGGCCGAUGCGGAACCUGUGUAUCGUGUUGUGGGGUUUGAGGUGGAGACAAAGAGUUACUCCAUGGACUCUAUGAUGAGUGUUACCCCUAACAACGACCAGGGUGUCCCUAUGGCCGACGUUAAGUCUGAAGAUAGGAAGCAUUGUAAACUCAAUAGCGAGCAAACCAGUGUCCUGCAACUACAGAAAGGAACUAAGACUAGUGUGAUGUUCACGUACACCGUGGUGUGGCAGGCUAGUGACGUUGCCUGGGCAUCACGUUGGGACAUCUACCUUCAGAUGAGUGACGUACAGAUCCAUUGGUUUGCCAUCUGCAACUCUGUCGCAAUUGUCCUCUUUCUCUCUGGAAUUCUGGCCUUGAUCAUCAUCAGAACACUGAGGAGAGACAUUGCCAAAUACAACCAAGACGAGGAAAUGGAUGACUCUAUUGAGGAGACCGGUUGGAAGCUGGUUCAUGGAGAUGUAUUCCGACCUCCUCGUUACCCCACCCUUCUCGUGGCUUGUCUCGGCUCAGGCAUUCAGAUAUUCUGUAUGGUCUUCAUUGUCAUCGUGUUUGCCAUGUUUGGCAUGCUCUCCCCAGCCAGUAGAGGGUCCCUCAUGACUGCAGCCAUCGUCCUAUUUAUGUUCAUGGGAGUGACUGGUGGAUACCAUGCAGCUAGGUUGUUUAGAACCUUCAAGGGUAAUAGCUGGAAGAAGGCUGCCAGCAUUACUGCUGUCUUCUUCCCAAGUGUUGUGUUUUGUAUUGGAUUCUUUCUCAACUGCUUCAUAUGGGGGGAGCACUCCUCUGGAGCAGUACCAUUCACCACCAUGCUCGCUCUGCUCUGUAUGUGGUUUGGGAUUUCUUUUCCACUCAUUUUCGGCGGAUUUUAUUUUGGGUUCCGGAAGCAGCCGUAUGAGCACCCUGUACGCACCAAUCAAAUUCCUCGUCAGAUACCUGAGCAAGUGUGGUACAUGAAUCCUGUUGUCGCCUCUCUAAUUGCUGGAAUUCUUCCAUUUGGGGCAGUGUUUGUGGAGCUGUUUUUCAUUCUCACUGCCAUUUGGGAGAACCAGUUUUACUACCUGUUUGGCUUUCUGUUCCUCGUGUUUGUGAUCCUCAUCAUAGCCUGCUCUGAGGUGGCUAUAGUUAUGACGUACUUCCAACUGUGUGGAGAGGACUACCACUGGUGGUGGAGGUCUUUCCUGCUCUCUGGCUCAGCCAGUUAUUACGUCGUUGCCUAUUCUGUCUUGUACUACUACACAAAGCUGGACAUCACUGAGUUUGUGCCCACCCUCCUCUACUUUGGCUACAGCUUGGUCAUGGUGUUUGGAUUCUGGCUGCUCACUGGAACUAUCGGAUUCUAUGCCACAUAUUUGUUCAUCUGUCGUAUAUAUGCCGCUGUGAAACAGGACUAAUUCGUUGCCCUAAUCCUGACUGUAGUAUUAUAGAAGUAAUCUUACUAUAUUAUGGAGUAAUUUCAUGUAACACAAAAAUCAUUUUGGUUUAUUUUAGUCAAUGUACGGUAUAAUGUUUUGAAACUAUGAA